CGCCACCCCUCCGCUGCUACCUACCUACCUCAUACAUACUUUUAAUGUAUGCGUUUCGAUCAAUCUUUUUGCAUCUGGGCACCACCGACGCCAUAUUCGUCAUACCCAGUCUCUCGGAACAAAGUCUAUACUUUGUUUUGACUGACUACAUACCUAAUUAUCCAUGAAUGUAUUUACUCCACCAGUGUUAGUCCUAUACUACGUUAUACAUACCAUCGGAUAAAAAGGGAAAAAAAGGAUCCUACAUGUAGGUAGGCAUUCGGCCACGAGCUAGACACGCAAACACAUCGUGGCGUUUGCCUUAGGUCUUACAUUAGCGCAGGAUCCGGCUUCUUGGUAAAUCAAGCUUCGUCAAUCGGUCGAGUCGUGCUUGGGUAUCAUUUACUAAAUCCCAGCGACCCUUUCGCUGGAAACAGGGUCCUACGUCUCUCCAUCUCUGUCCGCUUUUCUACUCUCCAGAUGUUUCGCCCAUCGAAACAUGUCCGAGUCUUUCGCUUCCAACCAGAAGAUGGACUCCGACAUCCCACUAGAUGACGAUGACCCGUCACCGUCUCCGGAAAGCAAAUUAUUCCAAAAUUCUUCGCCUACGAUGUCAAUGUCGGCAGCGAGUCCAGCCCGUUCGGACGGCGAUCGCAUAGAAUGUCUUGUUCGAAGGAUGAGCAAACAAACGUUGGUGCGAGAAUCGCUACUUGCAUCAGCAAUGGAGUCGCAAGGCUGUCUGGCCAAUUCCAGCUUGCCAAUAAACCCAGAGCCAAUGCAAAUAGAAAUACAAACGUUGCCACACAUAUCUGAGCCUUUGAACGAGUUGGGUUAUAGUUAUGUUACCGAAACUCCGAGCGAUCAGUACAUAUCACAAUCAAGACCAUCCCAACACUACGAGAGCAUGGAAAAUCUACCUGGCGAUCCCAUUAUGGAUGGGAACUUCACUUCUAGUAUUGGUACGCAAGAUAAACAGGAACAGCCGGAGAUGAGCCUUCAGAGUCGGUUUCCAAACCUUCGUAGGCUAGACUUAAUGGCGAACAUGAUCGAGAACGAAGAACAAUGCAAUGUACAUAUACCGAGACCGGUUACUUUAAUUCCAACACCUCGACUGCCCUCUUCAGCCGACCUAGCGCCGUCCGCCGGUCCCGCCAGUCGCAGGGGUUUGCCACUACCAUACGAUAACAACGCGGUACUAGAGGUGGACGAAGGAAUUUGCACUCAGCCUGACGAACAGGCUUCCAGUGAGAUUCUAGGUUUAAGGGAUGCUAGCGGUCCAGAAAGCAUUAGAAAACUUGGGCAUCUCAAAUACAGAACAUCGCUAGAGACGGCUAUGCGGUGCAAGAAUAUGAGGAAGAGCGCGCCGAGGAUGCGGAGGAGACCCAAGACACAGCCAAAGGAGACACAACAGACGGAUUCAACGAUAAAUCCGGCAUCGACGACUCCGACGACCCCGACGACCCCGACGAACUCAAUGGCAGCAUGAUUUCGGUUUACUCUAUUUUCUUUUGUGGUUUUUGGUUCAUUUUCAUCCUAUUACAUAUACCCCAAGGCAGGAGGAGGUAGGCGUUGUUAGCGGUUGGGUCACGGCAGAAAUAGGGAAUUGCAUCGCAUCGGUCCAUUGGUUUGUGGAAAGGUUGGGCCCGGUAUACAGGAGCGUGGUUAGCAUUCAACUUGGCAUUUAGGGUAUGCGGUUGCAGGCUGUUCAAAGACUGCGUACGUUUACGUCAACUGCAUGAACCAUUUAUCCCUGAUUUAAUUACAGAAAGGGGGUUGGGAGCAAGACGGUUUGGGAUACCGUUGUAUAUUUACACACGAUAUUGUUUUACAUGUAUAUAUGGCAUGAUGAUAGUGUGUCCGCGGUUUACAUUAGGUACCUAGGUAGGUAGGUACCUAACACUUCUAAGUUGAUCUCAACUUGGGUCGAGGCAAGGGUUUCUAACAGAACCAAUCUUACAAAACUCAACCCCAAUAUCAGUCGGGCAAGUUACUGCAAGUAAACCUGUGUC